AUGGCUACAGAUGCCUCAUUUGACCCCAAACAGCGCUUCACAGAUGGUAUCACCAACAAGCUGGUGGCCUGCUAUGUGGAGGAGGACAUGCGGGACUGCGUGCUGGUCCGGGUGUAUGGGGAGCGGACGGAGUUGCUGGUGGACCGCGAGAAUGAGGUCAGGAACUUCCAGCUGCUGCGAGCUCAUGGUUGUGCCCCCAAACUCUACUGCACCUUUCAGAAUGGGCUGUGCUACGAGUACAUGCAGGGCGUGGCCCUUGGGCCCGAGCAUAUCCGAGAACCCCGGCUCUUCAGGUUAAUCGCCUUAGAAAUGGCCAAGAUUCACACCAUCCACGCCAAUGGCAGCCUGCCCAGGCCCACCCUCUGGCACAAGAUGCACAAUUACUUCACGCUGGUCAAGAGCGAGAUCAACCCCAGCCUUUCUACAGAUGUCCCUAAGGUGGAGGUAUUGGAACAGGAGCUGGCCUGGCUGAAGGAGCACCUGUCCCAGCUGGAGUCCCCUGUGGUGUUCUGUCACAAUGACCUGCUCUGCAAGAAUAUUAUCUACGAUAGCACCAAAGGUCAUGUGAGGUUCAUUGACUAUGAAUAUGCCGGCUACAACUACCAAGCCUUUGACAUUGGCAACCAUUUCAAUGAGUUUGCAGGUGUGAAUGAGGUCGAUUAUUGCCAGUACCCCACGCGGGAGACGCAGCUGCAGUGGCUGAGCUUCUAUCUGCAGGCCCAGAAGGGGAUGGCGGUGACAGCCGGGGAGGUGGAGCGGCUCUACGUGCAAGUCAACAAGUUCGCCCUGGCAUCGCACUUCUUCUGGGCUCUCUGGGCACUCAUCCAGAACCAGUACUCUACCAUCAACUUCGAUUUCCUCAGGUACGCUGUGAUCCGAUUCAACCAGUACUUCAAGGUGAAGCCUCAAGUGUCCGCCUUGGAGAUGCCCAAGUGACCGGCAGCCUCGCUCCCUCCCUGCCCACUGCCUGGCCAGACCUAGUCUCCAGGGCUCCCCCCCUUGGACAAGGUGGGGCCAGGUGGGUGUCCUUGGAGAAGGCCCGUGGAUGCCACUGAAGACCUUGCCCUGCUGUUUGGAGGGGCUGACAGGGCCCCCCUGGCCUGGCUGGCUGAGGAGGAAGUGCCUGCCACAGCCGGGGCUUGGACACCGGCCCCGCCCAGAAGCACAGCAUCCCCAGCUCCCCGAGGGAACCUGGGCUGCCUUAGAUGUGUCUUAGGCCCUUCCUGGCAGGGGAGCUGGGAGGGCGCCUUUCUACCUCCAGAGCCCCAGCCUCCAGCCCGUCCCCCUGCAUGCCUCAUAGGAGACUGGCUGAGCCCCUAACCAGCAAGAAGCCAACCCACAGCUGGAUGGAGAGGAGAGAGGGGGGUCUCCGCCCUCACCUGAGGCCCCAGCACAGCCCCCUCCCCAAGCCUCUGCCAGGAGCCUGGCUCUGCUUCACUGUGGCUUGGCCCAAGGAUGGGUGGCCAGAAUCAGGCCCAGAAGCCUCCUGCUUCAUUCCCUGCCCUGCCCAGCCCGCUAGGAUCUGUGUCCCCGUCUCCUCUCUCCAUCAGCCCGCAGGGGGAUGACCAGUGGGAGUGCAGGGCAAGGGGGCAGGGACCCCAGCACACAGGAGCCUGCGCAGGACCAGCUGGGAAGCUGUGUGCCUCCACCUCCCCUUCCGUCCUUAGGGCCCCGCAGGGCCUCCUGGCUCUGGCUCAUAAAGUGAUUCGUUUGUAAAUUA